AUGGAGAACAACACCAGCGACACGGGGUGCCCGCGGGUGCCCGGGUGCCUGGGUGCCCCGGAAUCUUGCCGUGUGAUGAGGUUCGAGACGAACCCUCUGCGAGUCCGGUAUGGCGCCCCAAUCUUCGUAACUUUCUCGCCCGACGAAGGGCACAAUCUGCUCAUGGUCCGCCUGUCGCGCACGCGACGGCAAGACCCUGUGCACGCGGCAGCUGAUAAUGAAGUGCAGUCGCGGCUGGCGGGGGAUCGGGAGUGGCCGCGCGUAGCCCCCGACGUAGACGAGGCGCGCCUGGAUCUUCCGAUGGAUGCAGGACAGGAGAGCAAGGUCGCCACCCACUUCGCGAAGCGCGACGUCGAUGACCCGGAGCGCGUGUGCGACAAAUGCAAGAGAGCGGAGAACAGGGAGCAGAAGCGGCGCCAGGGAGAGGCGGAACGGAAGAAGUGUUCGACGUGCCGCGCGGAGAAACCGCGCGACUUCUAUUCUGGGUCUCUGUGGGAAGAGAGGCCGCGACCGCGAGUAUGCAUUGAGUGCGUCGCGCGGGCCGCAGACGAAAGGGGCGAGAAGCACAGAGGCGCACGGAAAUAUACGAGGAAAGAGAUGAAGUCGUGCACGGCUUGCGGCGCGGAAAAGCCUCAAGCCGCAUUCUCUGGGAAGAUGUGGUCGAAGGUCGCCAGCAAGCAUCGCAAGUGCGACGAGUGCGUGAAAGGGGCCAACAACCAGCUCGGGUAUUGGAAGUGCGUGCAGUGUAAGGACUCCUUCGAAACCGCGAGGCUGGACGACACCGUUCGCUCGCGAGCCGAGCACGUGCACGUCCACUUCGAUGAAGCCAUGGAGGGAUUCACCCAGGUCCUCGAGAGCAUGGUUGACCUGCUGCAGAGCUUCGACAUCCAGCGGGAGGUGAGCAAUCUGCCCGCGGCCAUGGUCCCCUUGAUGGUCCCGCUCGUCAUCUUGCUGGUCGAGCUUGCGGUGGCCAACGCCUACAUGGGUAUUCUGAUCGCCUCGAUGCCCGAAGACAGCCAUGCGAUGAACGUGAUAGGUGCCUGCACGGUCGGCGAGGAUCCCAGUGAGCUGGAUUCAUCAAAGAACGACAAGUCGUCAACGGGUAGAGUCGGUGGCCGCAUGGACACCCCGCGGGCGGCCAACGCGAUGGCGCAGGCCGACGAAGAGUGGUACGGGAGCAGCACCCCUCCGAGGGCGCUAUUAUCUGCCUCUAUCAACCAGGCCUACAUGAUUCAUUCCGACUCCUCCGAUGAGAGGAAGCGCGUGGCCGCGAUCGCGGAGAGGGACUUGGAGCUGGCGCAGGUGGAGGCCUGCGCCGCCGAUGAGAAGCGCGUCCAGGAUCUCGAGGAUAACGUCGCCGAGGGGGCCAGGCGUUCGCCAACGCAGCCCGCGCGAACGAUGUUCGAGCAGCUGCGGGGGUUCGAGCGGCUGAGGAAAGGGCUGAACGCGUUGAGCAGCGGGCGAUCCAGGAGGCUCUUGCCGCGGCUCGUCGCGCCCAGCUACGGACUGGGCAGUCCGCGAGGGCUUCGGAAGCGUGGCGCGGGUAGCUUUAUCGAGAACAUGCAGAACAUCAUGUGGGACAACAGCUACAACAGCACUUUCCCCGGGCGAAUCGAGGUGUUUCGCAGCUAUGUUGCGAGGGCCUCGGACCGGACGGUAUUGCAGAAGGCUGAAGCCGAGGCCUUGAAGAGGCUCGGGGCCUUCGAGAACGCUGCGAAGGACGUCGGCAGCCCCGAGCUGGCACGCAUUCUCGAUGACCCCCCGAGCAAGUUGAGCCGGUCGGCGAGCUUGCCGUCGCUGGGGGAGCGGCGUUCGCAGAACCGCAGCCGCCCCCUGGAGGUCUCGGGCGAGCUGCGCCCGCGGCGCUCUCUGGAGGUCUCGGGCGAGCUGCGCCCGCGGCGCUCUCUGGAGGUCUCGGGCGAGCAGCGCCCGCGGCGCUCCGCGCGCUCCCUGGAGGUCUCGGACGACCCGCGCCUGGAGGCGCCGGCAGGAGCCUGCGCGGAGACCCGCCGACCGGCCUGCGGCUGCAGACCCGGCACAGGAGCGACCGCGUCCGAGGUCCUGGCGGCGCGGGCGUGGACCGGAAGGCCACCGACGAGUCGGGCAGACCAGGCCGGAGGCCCACCGACUUCGGGGAGCGCAGGUCGCAGGCGAGGCGCCGCAUCACCGACAGGGCCGACACCCCUGCGCGUCGCGAGCUGCAGCGGAAGCGACACGAUAUGUGGCAGUGACUCGCUCACCGUAGGUCUGAAGAACACCCUUUCACUUUCUGCUGUAGACGGCCAGGGAACCGCUGCGGCCACCGUGAAAGACGUGAAGCAGGCGACAGUCACCUAG